AGAAAGGGGGUGGGUGGUUUUCUUCGGAACGCACUGCUCCACACCUGCCCAACUUUGUUACCAGUUGUUAGCAUCCCCCUGCAAACUGAACAAAUAACAAGAAUGACCACAGAAUGACCUCGGUUGGUCCGACAUGCUAUGGUAAUCUGGGCAUCCCAAGAACUGGGUUUUAGGUUGCCUGAGAUACCCAAUUAUUGGAUUUGAUCAGGUUUCCCUGAUUAUUUUUAUGGAACCUUUGAGACUGUGACAGGAUUUUCCAGGAAGAGUGUGGUUCUGAAAUUGCUGUCAGGCCACCUCAUGCUUGUCCUUCUGCCUGUAGAUGACCUGGCCGCUCGCCUGGCGGGCCUCUCUCAGUGCCUGUAUUCAGAGCUUCAGGAAAAUGAGACCCCAACCAAAAAGGCUGAAGCCCUCACCCAAACGCAUAGGGGCUCAGAUAAAGGCCACCGUGAAACGCAAGGUAUACGAAGACUCUGGCAUCCCUCUCCCAGCGGAGUCACCCAAGAAAGGGCCCAAGAAGGUGGCAUCUGGUGUUCUGUCGCCUCCUCCAGCAGCCCCUCCAACCAGCAGCUCCAUUGUCCCGGAGGCCGGGGGUCCCCCCAUAAAGAAGCAGAAGGCUGAUGUGACCCUCAGUGCCCUGAACGACUCGGACGCCAACAGUGACCUAGUGGAUAUUGAAGGGCUAGGAGAAACCCCUCCAGCCAAGAAACUCAACUUCGACCAGGACAGCCUGACCCUGGACUCUGGCCUUCUCAUGACCUCUGCGGACCCUCCUCUCCUCUCCCACUGAAGCCUUCUGCUUCUGACCCCUCUCACUGGUCACCUGGACCCGGAGAUGACCCAGGACUCCCCCGAGGCUGGUGCGAGAGGUCCAAAGGCUGCUAGGGCUGGAAGAGCCCCCCCUUGUCCCUGAAGAGCCAUCUGCUGCCCCCUUCCCUCCAGCCCUUUGACUUCCACCGGAUAGACAUUUUUAUACAGAAAAUGAAAACAAUAAAAACCUCUCUCUCUGC